AUGGCACCAAUUGCCGAACCAAGGGCCGAGCUGGCACCGCUGCCCAAGGCAGAUGGCUCAGCGACAUACUCGUACAGCGGCUACACGGUGACGAGCGCCGUCAACGGACCGAUCGAGGCCCAACGGCGCGAUGAGAAUCCGUUUGAGGCCCUCAUCGACGUCAACAUCCGCCCUGCGGCAGGUGUAGGAGGCACGGCGGAGAGGCACCUAGAGUCUAUUCUGCAGCGAGCGCUGCGGCAGCUCAUCCCCAUCAGAAACUUUCCGCGGUCCGUGAUCCAAAUAACGCUACAAGUCACGGAGACGCCUGAAAAUGCCUACGCAAACACCAAGGUGAUUCAGGCCCAGCUGAACCUGGCCAUUAUCCCCGCGCUGCUGCACGCCGCCAUCCUCGGCCUGCUCACGGCGGCGAUUCCCCUCAAGACGAUCGCCACGGCCGUCACGCUCGCCAUUCCCGCCGCGGACAGCGGUAGCAGCGGCAUCGUGGUGGACCCCAGCACGCGCGAGGCCGACACGGCCAAGUCGCUGCAUGUCCUGGGCUACACGUCCGGCGAAGACGAGCUGCUGCUGGCGGAGAGCCAGGGCGCCUUCACCGUGGACGAGUGGGAGACGGUGCUGCGGACGGGCCAGGACGUGUGCUGCCGGGCGGCGCAGUGGGGGCUCGAGGAGGAGGACACGGCCAUGACGGGCAGCGGGGGGCUCGAGUCGGCGAGCAUCCGGGCGUUUAUCCGGUCGGUCAUGGAGACCAAGAUUGCGGCCGAUAAUUCAUGGAAAUGA